CACUUAGCAGAAAACAAGUCGUCUUCGUCUCUUUCAGAACAGACAUAGACCUUGCAUUUGAUAUUCUCAUAUCAUCGUAAGAAAGAAGACUUGACCGUCAUGGAUUCUCGUCUCGUACUUUGCUUGGUCGUCAUUGGACUCGUUUCUCAUCAAGUCUCCGCUCAAAGGGGGUCGUGCGAAGGGUGCUGUGACUGCGGCUUCAUGGGUGGCUAUAAUUGCUAUUGCGAUAAUUAUUGCCAGACAGCCGGUGAUUGUUGCUCAGACUACGCAACACACUGUGCCGAUCCUUGCGAGUCAACACCCUGUCAGAACGGUGGAUUCUGUGACAGUGUUGAGGGAACGUUCACAUGUACCUGUCCUUCUGGAUAUUUUGGGGAGAGAUGCCAAGAAAAGGAGAGCGACCCUUGUACUUAUAAAACAUUUUUACAAUUCAAACACGGAAUUAAUUUCGAAAUUACCAAAGAAGGGAAAAAGAGGGGGUCUUCAUGCUCAAAUCAUUCAAGCAUUUAG